AGAGAGAGAGAGAGAGUCAGGAUUCCUACUUUCCCCCGUUGAUCGAAACACAGAGCUGUAUAGAGCAGAAGUUCAGGACGCGCAGCUCCGGCCACUGGAAUCUGGAGGUUUCACUUUUUUAUCAUAAGUGACGCGUUUAUUUCAGGCGGAUCCGUAUCGGACUUCUGCUAUAUGUUGGAUGCGAAAUAAGGCGUGAUUAAUGAGCGAUUGAAACAUUUCUCAACCUGCAGCUGUAGAUCCCGGUGCGCCGAGCGCGUUUCUCUCCACGGAUCGUACGCGCGGAUCGUGCGCCUUUACGCAUCGGGUGGAUUUUUGCGCACGGGAGUGUUGCGAUGUCGCGGACACCUGUCGUGAUUUUCACUUCUCUGUGUCUUCUCUUCUUUACGCUGUCAUGUGCCGGAGAUGUGAAAUCGCGCAGCUGCGGCGACGUGCGCCAGGCGUACGCGGUCAAGGGGUUCAGUCUACAUGAUGUGCCACAUCAGGAGAUACCAGGUGAACAUCUGCGAGUUUGUUCUCAGGGGUACACCUGCUGCACCUCAGCGAUGGAGGAGAGACUCGGCCAGCAGAGCAAACAGGAGUUUGACAGAUUAGUAGAAGAGAGCAGCCACACCAUACGGACCACGUUUACCUCCAAACACAAGAAGUUUGACGAAUUCUUCCUGGAGUUGCUGGACAACUCGGAAAAGUCACUCAACGACAUGUUCGUGCGCACGUACGGCAAACUCUACACGCACAACUCGGAGAUGUUCGAGGACCUGUUCUCCGAGCUCAAGCGCUAUUACACGGGCGGGAACGUCAAUCUGGAGGAGAUGCUGAAUGACUUCUGGUCCAGACUUCUGGAGAGAAUGUUCCAGCUGCUCAACUCACAGUACACCUUCACUGAUGACUAUCUGGAGUGCAUCAGCAAAUACACCGACCAGUUAAAACCCUUCGGAGACGUGCCGCGUAAGCUCAAGGCUCAGGUCACCAAGGCCUUCAUAGCGGCGCGGUCGUUCGUUCAAGGACUCAUGGUGGGUCGGGAAGUGGCCAACAGGGUGGCCAGGGUCAAUAUAUCACCGGCGUGCAGCAAAGCGCUGACCAGAAUGUUGCACUGCCCGUACUGUGGAGGAAUGCCAGAACUCAAACCCUGCGCCAACUACUGCCAGAACGUCAUGAGAGGAUGUCUGGCCAACCAGGCCGACCUCGAUCCCGAGUGGAACCUCUUCAUUGAUGCCAUGCUGCUGGUUGCCGAUCGGCUGGAGGGACCCUUCAACAUCGAAGCCGUCAUGGAACCGAUCGAUGUGAAGAUCUCAGAAGCCAUCAUGACCAUGCAAGACAACAGUAUGCAGGUCUCAGAGAAGGUUUUUCAGGGAUGUGGUCAUCCUAGACCAGCAGGAGUGGGCCGAUCGGCCCGCGGGAUCUCGGAUGUGUUCAACAGUCGUUUCAGACCGUACAGUCCAGAAGAGCGGCCCACCACGGCAGCGGGGACGAGUAUGGACAGACUGAGGAUUGUUUGGAGGACGAUGCAACACAGCGUGAUCGACAUAAAGGAGAAGCUGAAGCAGUCGAAGAAGUUCUGGUCGGCUCUUCCGGACGGCAUCUGUGAGGAGGAUAAAGUGACCGACCCUGAUGAGGAGCAGUGCUGGAACAGUCACACUAAAGGAAGAUAUUUUCCUGAAGUUGUGAAAGAUGGUCUUACGAAUCAGCUGAAUAACCCAGAGGUGGAGGUGGACAUCACCAGACCGGACACGUUCGUCCGACAGCAGAUCAUGACCCUCAGAGUGAUGACCAACAAGUUACGGAAUGCUUACAACGGGAAAGACGUCUACUUUCAAGAUUCAAGUGAUGAGGAGAGCGGUUCGGGCAGUGGGAGUGGCUUCACAACAGAACCCGAGGUGGUGCACACGGAGCCUCCGAUGGUGGAAGCCGACAUCAGCGAACCUCAGCCGGCGGCGGACGCGGCCCGCCGACAGACCCCGCAGGUGCAGAUCGUAAUCGCCGUGACCGCGCUCGUCUCACUCGUACUGCAAUGGAGAUAAUGGCAGGAGGAGGCAACAGCCACACGGACUUUAAGACAGACGCAGCGGCGCUCUCGGCACGCUGUUAGCUUUUGCCUCACCAGACUGGACGUUUUCCACAAAAAGCCCACGAGAGACGGAGAACAAGCUCGCUGGCUGGACGUGCGGAGAGAAGGAGAGUAAACAUUCGCAUCCUGCUUGUUCCAAAGAAUGCUUGGUGCAAUCACAGAUCAGCUUCUAUUUCGCCUCUCAUUUUGACCUUAAAGGUGACGUGUGUCAUUUUUCCCGACGGUGAGUUUUCCCCGGCAGAGAUGAUGAUCCGUAAGUCGAUUCCCCUUCUCAAAGUGUAAACGCUCUGCGCUUUUCAAACUUUGCUCUGUUUGUUUGAGCAGCCCACCAGCCCGACGGAUUUCACGAUAGCGCUCGUUACUUUGGCGUAAAACUGACACGCUUCACCUUUAAAAGAAAAACGAGCUUUUUCGGACGAUAAGUGGUUUGCCGCAGAAACGCGACCACGUUUGCGUCGGGAAACGAAUGGGAGUAAAAUGAGCUUUUCUACCGCGUAAAAUGAGAGACGAACGACAUGCGCUCUGGUGUUUUUAAGUUCUCCCCCGUUGAAUUCAUACAGUACGAUAAAAACUGAAGAUGCAAAGUAAAAAAAAAGUAAACUGAAUCUUGUUUAUGUACCACUGUGAGAAUGCACGAGGAGGUCAUGAGUGUUUUUAACUGUGAUUUUCACACAAUUCUGGCGCUUUUGAGUUGAAGGCAUUUUGUUCGUCCAUUGGCGGUGGUUUUAUGAGGUUGAUGUUUUAGGUUUAAGGAGUCUGCUAGAGUUUCCCUGAGGGCUGCGCCUGCUUCAUUCAAAUCAAAUGAUCCAUAUCUUAAUAUAUGAGAUUUUAGUUAUAAAGCAUUUUCUUACAGAGAAAGAUUUAUUUAUAUUUCUAAUAUAAUUCUAUAUUUUGGCUUUAGCGACUUUUAUUCUAACAAACGGUGCUUGCUAAAGGAUAUAUUUUCCCCUUUUCGAUGCAAGCAUGACGUUAUUUUCUGAAUCGAUUCAAACGCUGGUUUCAAAGGUGCAAGUCCGUCUUUUGAAGGGAAGUUUGGGACGUCCUGGAAUUCUGGGAUCUUGAUCUUGGAUGUAAAUUGGGCUGGAUCAGUAUUGAAUCCGCUUGCAUCUGAAUGCAUCAUAUAAAGUGUUCAAAUCUAACAGACCCCUGUUGUUUUCAUGCACAUUUAUAUAGUCUUCAUUAUAAUCAAUUUUGUAUUCACAACCCUCAUCUAUGACACCAUUUGAUUUUCAGUCUGUACGUGUUGAUAUGUAGACCUUCACAUUUACAAAUAUACUUUAUUGUGAAUCAAUGGACCACAUGGACCAUGCAGAACAAACGUCUGCGGAAACUCUUCGCAGCCGUAGAUCCCUCAGUAAAAGAUGAUGUCGUGAUUUCUUCCGGAUGGUUUUGGCAGUGCAGUAGAGUUCUGCAGGUGGUUCGUGAGGUCCAGCGAGUCAGGGCGUUACUCUAUGAAUGUUUCAAUGGCACUUUCUUCUGUUCUGUCUGUUGGUAUGAAUGUUCCCAAGAGUUCAGAUGACAUUUGUACAGAUGACGAUAUCACUCAGACCUCCCGUUAUGAACGCUGGCAUGUUUAACAUGUGGGUUUAUGACAAACGCAUCCAUCGUUGAGACCUGACUGCUUCAGUCUUUUCGUCGAAGAUCACGUUCUCUUCUCAUGGUGAAAUGCCCAUGUGGCGCGUCGGUGAAUUCGCUGUUAAAAUCAGAAAGGUUCUGGAGGUGCUUUGUGUUUCGUACCUGAGUACCUUCAUCCGUCCUGAGAUACUUUCUUAAAACAGUUCUCGUUUGAGUCAAAUUUGAACUAAAAUAACUCUGGAGGAAUAAAAAGAGAGUCAUCAAAUGAGAGUGUAAUUGUGUAAACACAUGAAGAGUGUGGAGGUGUUGAAUGAAUGUAGAUUGUCGAGGUCAAAUAGUCUGGAUUCGAGUCAAUGUGAUGAGUUCAUAUGGAGAUCUUCACUAAUAUUGACUGUUGAUUGCAGACGAGACAAAUCUGAGCUCAUGGUUCCACAAAGAACCAUCUCUUUCUUAAACUCUUGAAAGUGAAGGUGCUUCAUGAUGCCAUAGAAGAACCUUUUGGUUCCAUAAAGAACCUUUAACAUCCGAAGAACCUUUCUGUUGAAUAAAAGGUUCUUUGUGGCGAAAAAGCUUCUUCAGAUCAUGAAAAGACAAGAAAGAGAUGGUUCUUGAAGACAUUAACCUUUGACUGAAGCACCUUUGUUUUCAAGAGUGUACUUUUGUGAAGGUUCUUGCGAUGUUAAAGGUUCUUUAUAGAACCAAAAGGUUCUUCUAUGGCAUCGGAGAACCUUUUGAAGCACCUUUGAUGUUCCAAACCUCACCGUUUGUGAGCUGAUGUCGGUCUAAAGAAAUGGGAGUUGACAUGAAACACAAGCAGACAAAGGAACAGAAAUCCAACAACACGUUAACUUGAUUUCAAGCCAGAGACGGAAAGACACGACUGAAGAAUUGUUCCGUGUAAAAGGGCCAUGUUUGUUUUAUUGACUUGUUUGGGUCAGGUCGCUGGUGUGGAGGCGUUCUUUAAGAGCAUGUGUCUUGUGUCUGGUUUUGCCUAUAGCCUGCGUGUUUCUACUUGCUCUCUGAAUGUGCGGCUUUCACUCGUGUGCAGGAAUAAUCUCAUUUCAAACGCCGUCGCUUGUUUUAUCGGUCUGGAGGAUGAAACGACUGCUGUAUGUCCAUCGGUAUGAAGUUAAUCCUCUCGUUUUUCUUUCCACAUUGCACUUUGCCAUUGAGUUCCACCGUCUUGAUUCUUUGAUUCUUCUGAGUGAGGAAUAAAGUUUACAUGCGAACAAGUACGAGCUAUGUCAAUUACACGUUUGGAGAAGACGUCUGUGUGGUUGGAAAGUGAUGGUUCCUACUGAAGCACGCUGCUUUGAGCUACUGUAGGUGAGGUUUCAAUGUGACAUGUACGUGUCGUGCGAGUAGACAUGCCUUACAGUUUUUCCUUUGUUUUUUAAGAAGAAGAAAAAAAGAAGUAAAUGGAUUGCAUAUUUGGAUUUUGUUACUCUCUCUUAUCUACAGACAAGUAAUGAAGGGGUGCAAAUAAACAUUUGAUAUGAAACCUGUACUGCUCGAUGUCAUCUUUCGUGUCUCCACCCGCAAAUAUUCAGUAAGAAAUAUUUGAAUGCACACGCAGUCAAUGAUGAACAAUUAUUAGUCCCAGCGCAUGAUUCAUUAUUGCAUUUAUAGUGGUGAAUCAUAGCUGAUUUCUUUAUUAUUAUUAGAACGCUGAUGCUGUUAUAUCUGGUGGUGAAUGUUUGACGGAUGAAACUGCAUUUUUCCCACACCAUUUUCUUUUUAAAACGGGGAAUGAAAGAAAACAAUCUUCACUGGACACAAGAAUGUAUGAAUGUGUUUACGUAUAUCAAUGUUACACUUGUUGUUAUUAGGGAUGUAACAUUAUCAAAAUCUCACUGUGCGGUAAUACCUCGGUAUACGUCCACGGUACGGUAUUUGGUGCAAUAUUUAAAAGACAAAUGAUGACUUGGAAACGUGCCAUAAGCAUCCUCUUUCUGUAUCCUCUAAUCAUAACUGUUGCUUAGAGGCACGAGUUAUAGUAUGAGAUGGGUCACAU